AUGCCACCGCGGCCGUCCCUCCAGUCGAUCCUCCUCAUUGCAGCCUCCACCUCCACUGCCGCUGGGUACGCGGGCCUCCUCCUCGCCGCGGGCCGCCACUUCCCUGCCGCCUUCGCCGCCGCGGGGGCCACCGCAUCCGCCUGCUCCACUCCUUCUCCGGGGGCCGUCUCCCCAGGCCGACCGAGCUCGCCUACUGCUUCGGGACCGCCGCCGUGCCCGUCGUCCCGCGCUCCUCGAAUGUGCAAAGGGGGGUUCAAAAAGGAACAAAGCCUUAGUGUCUUCAUCCGAAUUGAUGGUUUAAAUGCAAGAUGGACUUGUUUUAGAGCGAAUUGUGGCUGAAAAGGCAAUGCCCAGCCUGACGGAGAUUCCGCGGUGUACCAAGCAAAAAAGGACACACGAAAUGGAAGUGACACAGGAAAUAGAACUGGCGCAGGAAAGGAAACUGACCAGCAAGUCAAGGCAAAUCAUGCAGUCAAGGUCUACAGAAAGCUUUGUGAAGAGGACCUGCAUCUUGAGCCUCUGUGUGAUGAGAUCGUGACAUACUUUUCGGAAAGAAUGAUAUCACCGGAAACACUUCGAAGGAACAAUGUAUCGCAACGUAAAUGGAACAACAAGCUUGUGAUUGCUUUCACCUAAAGACGUGAUAAAGUCCUCGUUGGCUGCAAAUACAGGGAACUCUCUAAGAAAUAUUCACAGGAGAGAAACACUGAGAAAAUUUUGUAUGGUCUGGAUGAUAUAAAGCAAGCACGUGUUGUUAUCAUUGUUGAGGGUGAAAUUGAUAAACUUUCCAUGGAAGAGGCUGGCUAUCGUAACUGUGUGAGUGUGCCAGAUGGUGCACCACCACAAGUAUCCAACAAACUCCCAGACAAAGACCAUGAUACGAAGUAUCGAUAUCUGUGGAACUGCAAAGAGUAUCUUGACUCGGCAUCUAAGAUAAUACUGGCAACAGAUGCUGAUCCUCCAGGGCAGGCUCUUGCUGAGGAACUUGCUCGCCGCCUUGGUAAUGAAAGGUGUUGGAGGGUCACCUGGCCAAGGAAGAAUGAGACACAAUUUUGCAAAGAUGCCAAUGAGGUUUGUUAUGUCAUGCACGGACUACUUUGA